AUGGCGACUGCCAGAGACAGAACGACAGUUCCUUUCCUUCUCCUAUUCUUUGCCACCACCCUCUGCGCCGCCGCCGUCGCGGCAUCCAGGGAGGACCACGGGGGCCGCGAGCCCUCACUCCGGCAAUGCGUGAGGCGGUGCGAGGAGGACCGGCCGCGCUACCAGCGCGCCCAGUGCGUGCAGGAGUGCAGGGAACGCGAGCAGCAAGAGCAGGGCAGGCACGAGCGCGACCGCAGCGGCGAGGGGCCAGGAGAUGAGCGGGAGCAUGAGGAAGGCGGCCGCCGGCCGUACGUGUUCGACCGGCGCAGCUUCCGUCGCAUCGUCCGGAGCGAGCAGGGGUCCGUCAAGGCCCUCCCGCCGUUCCACGAGGCGUCCAAGCUCCUCCGCGGCAUCCGGAACUACCGCGUCGUGGUGCUGGAGGCAAAUCCGCGCUCGUUCAUCGUGCCCAGCCACACAGACGCGCACUGUAUCUGCUACGUGGCCCAAGGCGAGGGAGUGGUGACGACGAUCGAGAACGGCGAGAGGCGGUCGUACACCAUCAGGGAAGGCUACAUCUUCGUGGCGCCGGCCGGAGCGGUCACGUACCUUGCCAACACUGACGGCCGGAGGAAGCUGGUCAUCGCAAAAAUCCUUCAUACUAUCUCCGAGACUGGCAAGUUCCAGUUCUUCUUCGGCCCCGGCGGGAAGAACCCGGAAUCGGUCCUGUCGAGCUUCAGCAAGAGCGUCCAGAGAGCUGCUUUCAAGACCUCGAGCGACCGGCUGGAGAGGCUGUUCGGGAGGCAGGACAAGGGGAUCAUCGUGCGUGCCACGGAGGAGCAGAUCCGCGAGCUGCGGCGCCACGCCUCCGAGGGCAGCCACGGCCCGCACUGGCCCCUGCCGCCGUUCGGCGAGUCGCACGGCCCCUACAAGCUCCUGGAGCAGCAGCCCAGGAUCGCCAACCAGCACGGCCAGCUCUACGAGGCCGACGCCCGCAGGUUCCCCGACCUCACCGAUCACGACGUCCGCGUCUCGCUCGUCAACAUCACGGCGGGGUCCAUGAGCGCGCCGUUCUACAACACCCGGUCGAUCAAGAUCGCCUAUGUGCUGGAAGGCGAGGGCCACGCCGAGAUCGUGUGCCCGCACCUGGCGCACGGCAGCGAGAGCGAGCAUAGCCACGGUGGAGGCCGGAGCGAGCGCGGCAAGGGCUGGCGGCGUGAAGAAGAAUCAGAGGAGGAAGAGGAUAAGGGACAGCAGAGGGAGCAGGAGGAAGCCGGGCAGGGGUACCAGACCAUCCUGGCGCGGCUGUCGCGCGGCACGGCGUUCGUGGUGCCCGUCGGCCACCCGGUCGUGGAGGUGGCGUCCCGGGACAGCAACCUCCAGAUCCUCUGCUUCGAGGUCCGCGCCGAGAAGAACGAGAAGGUGUACCUCGCGGGCGCGAACAACGUGCUGAAGCAGCUGGACGAUACGGCCAAGGCGCUGGCGUUCGCGGCGAGCGCGAGGGAGGUGGACGAGGUGCUCGACGCACAACGGGGGCAGGGGUUCCUCCCCGGCCCGGAUGAAAGCGGUGGCCAAGAACGGGAGCAAGAGGAUGAACACGAAGGUCGCCAUGGCCGCCGCGAGGUGGUGGCUGAGACGCUCCUGAGGAUGGCGACCGGUGGGCUCUGAGGCCACCGCUCUGAUCGAUCGAGAUGGCAACGAGGAGAAC